CAGACUGUGAGGGACGGUGCCGGACCAUCGUAUUCCUCUCAUCCUGAGGAACCUCAGACUGUGCGGGACGGUGCUGUCCUUCUAGCACAGAAGAGGUUUCCGUGUCCUGAGUGUGGAAAAAGUUAUUCAAAGAGGUCCACUCUUUACAAACAUAAGAGAUCACACACGGGGGAGAAGCCAUUUUCCUGUCCUGAGUGUGAGAAAUGUUUUUCAGAUAAGUUCCAUCUCAACAGACAUCAGAGAUCUCACACAGGUGAGAAGCCAUAUUCCUGUCCUGAGUGCUGGAAAUGUUUUGGACACAAAUCAACACUUGUCAUACAUCUGAGAUCUCACACGGGGGAGAAGCCGUUUUUCUGUCCUGAGUGUGGAAAAUGUUUUGAACGAAAAUCAAAACUUGCCGCACAUCAGAAAUCCCACACGGGGGCGAAGCCGUUUUUUUGUCCUGAGUGCGCAAAAUGUUUUGGAGAAAAAUCAAAACUUGUCAGACAUCAGAUAUCUCACACGGGGGAGAAACCGUUUUUCUGUCCUGAGUGCGGGAAAUGUUUUGGACAUAAAUCAAAUCUUGUCAAACAUCAGAGAUUUCACACGGAAGAGAAGCCGUAUUCCUGUUCUGAGUGCGGGAAACGUUUUUCAGAUAAGUCAAGAUUUGAUAAACAUCAGAGAUCUCACACAGUGGAGAAGCCGUAUUCCUGUUCUGAGUGCGGGAAAUGUUUUACAAUGAAGUCCAGUCUUUACAGACAUCAGAGAUUACACACGGGGGAGAAGCCGUAUUCCUGUGCUGAGUGUGGGAAAUGUUUUACAGCGAAGUCCAGUCUUUACAGACAUCAGAGAUCUCACACGGGGCAGAAGCCGUAUUCCUGUACUGAGUGCGGGAAAUGUUUUGGACAAAAAUCAAAACUUGUCAUACAUCAGAGAUCUCACACGGGGGAGAAGCCGUUUUUCUGUCCUGAGUGUGGGAAAUGUUUUAGAGAAAAAUCAAAACUUGUCAUACAUCAGAGAUCUCACACGGGGGAGAAGCCGUUUUUCUGUCCUGAGUGCGGUAAAUGUUUUGGAGAAAAAGCAAAACUUGUCAUACAUCAAAGAUCUCACACGGGGGAGAAGCCGUUUUUAUGUCCUGAGUGCGGGAAAUGUUUUGGACAUAAAGGAAAUCUUGUCGUACAUCAGAGACUUCACACGGGAGAAAAGCCAUAUUCCUGUAUUGAGUGCGGGAAAUGUUUUGGAAAAAAUUCUGAUCUUGUCACACAUCGGAGAUCUCACACGGGGGAAAGGCCAUAUUGUUGUCCUGAGUGCGGGAAAUGUUUUUCAGAUAAGUCCAGAUUUGAUAAACAUCAGAGAUCUCACACAGUGGAGAAGCCGUAUUCCUGUGCUGAAUGUGGAAAUCGUUUUACAGUGAAGUCCAGUCUUUACAGACAUCAGAGUUCUCACAUGAGGGAAAAGUCACUUUCCUGUUCUGAGUGCGGGAAAUGUUUUUCAGAUAAGUCCAGAUUUGAUAAACAUCAGGGAUUGCACACGGGGGAGAAGCCGUAUUCCUGUUCUGAGUGUGGAAAUUGUUUUACAAGGAAGUCCAGUCUUUACAGACAUCAGAGAUCUCACAUGAGGAAGAAGUCACUUUCCUGUCCUGAGUGAGGGAAUUGUUCCCUAGAUGGUUGCCAUCUUCAAGCGUCAAUCCUGAAGAAGCUAAUAGAGCGAAACGCGUUGAUUUUUACACACUUAUAUCAUCGCAUAUCGUCUGCCUUUAAUAUCUCACCUGUCUCUUACUUUAUGGUCUUAAUGUGAUACAAUAAACUCCUGUUUUUUUUUUU